UGUGCUCGUGUGGAUUUGGCAUCAUCACAAACAGCGAGCAUAUGGAAGCGAGCGCGGCUGACACCGUCCGGAUCGUGUCCCGGCGAAUGGUCCGGCCGUCGUAUGGCGCCACACCGAUGCCGCCGUCGGAGGACAUUCACCUCACGCCGUGGGACCUCUACGGCAUCAGGGAGACCUACAUCCAGAGAGGGAUCCUCCUGCCCAAGCCUCCCGCCGGCGCCGGGGAUGAGACCAGCCUGUUCAACAGCCUGGCUUCCUCCCUUGCGCGCGCCCUGGGCCGGUACUAACACUUCGCCGGCCGACUCGCCGUCGAAGAGCACGGCGACGGCACAGUCGCCAUCCUGCUGCGCUGCACAGGGGAAGGCGCCGAGCUCGUCCACGCGGUGGCGCCGGGCGUGGCCGUGGCAGACAUCGUCGGCUCGGUGUACACCCCGUCGUCGGUGGUCCGGGCGUUUUUCCCGUUGAACGGGCCGAACGUGGUGCGUGGCUUGGACGCGGCCAUGGACUCGUCGCUCCCCGUGGUGUGGGCGCAGAUCACCGAGCUCGCGGACGGCGUGUUCAUCGGCAUGUCCAUGAACCACACCGUCGGCGACGGCACCUCCUUCUGGGACUUGUUCAACGCGUGGUCGGCGAUCAGCCGAGGCGAGGAGCUCACGCGUGCGCCGGCGCCGGUGCACCGGAGGUGGUUCGUCGACACGAGCGCCGUGCCGAUCCCCCUACCUUUCGGCGCGCUGCAGCACGCCGUCCGGCGGUUCGAGCUCCCGCCGGUGCGAGAGGGCUUCUUCACCUUCUCCGACGCGAGCGUCCAGAAGCUCAAGGCGAGGGCGAACGACGAGAUGGCCGGCGUCGUGGUCGCAGCCAUCUCCUCGCUCCAGGCCCUGCUCGCUCACCUGUGGCGGGCGGUGUCCAGAGCCCGACGCCUCCCGCCGGAGCAGGAGGCGUCGUACGCCCUGCUCAUCGGCUGCCGGGGUCGCAUGGGCACCAUCCCGCCGGGCUACGUGGGAAACGCCAUAAUGCUCCGCGUGAUAAAGGGGUGCACCGUCGGCGAGAUCCUGGACAAGGGGCUGGGCUGGACGGCGUGGCAGCUGAACCGCGCCGUGGCGUCGUUCGACGAGGCGGCCACGCGGGAGUGGCUGGACCGCUGGGCCCGCGAGCCGACGUUCUUGCCCCCGGUGUCCUCCGACGGCGGCGGGGCGCGGAUGGUGGGGAGCUCGUCGCGGUUCGACGUGUUCGGGAACGACUUCGGGUGGGGGAAGCCGGUGGGCGUGCGGAGCGGCUACGGGGACAAGAGCGACGGCAAGGUGACCGUGUUCGAGGGGCCAGACCAGCAAAAGAGCAUGUCGCUGGAGGUGUCACUGGCGCCGCAGGUGCUGCAGAGGCUCGUCGCCGACCACGAGUUCAUGGACGCCGUCACCUCGCCGCCGGCGUGACUCCCAGAGUUUGUACUCGCCCCAUGUUCCGAGCUGGCAAGCACACUUUUUUUUUCGCAUCAUACGUGCGUCGCAUCAAAUUUGGGUCUUUCUACCAUAUGCACCUGAUGUGUAUGGAAAUAAUCGAAUCAUACACUUAGCUGAUGCGUGGAGUCUAAAACACAGAUGUUGGAUUAAGCACUUUGUGUCGAACAUAAUGAAAUCAUAAUUGAUAUCGCUUGCAAAAA